AUGCGCGUGAAUACGACGAAAGUCGAGAAGGCAACCGGCCUCCCCGGCGAGCAGCCCGGAAUCCAUUCAUUGUUGCUUUGCAAAUGCUGUCGACGCUGGAACGGCAAGGCCUUCUACAUCCACGUAUUUGCUUCGCAAUUCGUCGACUCGCCAAAGACCAAGGAAAAAUGGUUAUCCUACCUCGAGAUUCUUCGGACAGGCGAGGAUGCCAGUGUGGUGGAUACCACGCUCAUUUAUGAGGAGGACAUCUUCGACUGGGUAGCGCAACCGUUUGAGCCGCUCUUCGCCAAGCUCGCGCCUGCCUCGGAGCCAGGAACCAAGAUGACCCUGGAGAAAUGGCUAUGGCCAGACGCCUUUUACCUUGUCUUGGACGUCGUAGGCGAGGAGCGAAUACCACGCCUGGUUGAAGGCAAGGAUCCUCCGUACCACAAGGUUACGGCUUGGAUAGACGACGAGGUCGUCGACGAUGUAGAGACGUGGACUUCCUUAUACGACCCGGCCGGUAUCGUUCUGAGCUCUGAUGAUCCCGAAGCUGCCUUCUUCGACCGACCUAGGAGAGUGCUCAUUGACAACGAAACGACAGCAUGCUUCUUUAAAGAGUGCGUUUCGGGCGCCCAAACCAUAAAUGAGCUUGAAGCGUAUAGGAAGAUCGCGGCUUCGAACUUGGACGCCAAGCUGCAUAUAUGCCGCCUUCACGGCGUUGUGGCGGAUUUGAAGUACGGCGCGUUCUAUGGCUUACUUCUGACCUACAUCGAUUCCAAGCCGUGUUCCUUGAGGUACCAUGUCGAUCCUACCGAACCUGAUGUUUCUCUCAGAGCCAAAUGGGCAAACCAGGUUGAGGCCGCAGUUUCAGCACUGCACGCCGCCGGGAUCGUUUGGGGAGAUGUCAAAGCAGAGAAUGUCCUGGUCGAUAAGGAUGACAAUGCCUGGAUCAUCGAUUUUGGAGGUGGCUACACCCGUGGCUGGGUAGAUCAGCAGCUUGCUGGAACUGUCGAAGGUGAUGUUGCUGGUCUGGCAAAGCUCAGAGAGUUUAUAUUUCAAGAUGAGAACCAGCAUCCGUGGUGGUUAGAAUAG